AUGUAAUUUUAUGGCUUACUUCCAGCACCAAAUCCUUUGGUUUAAGCGGCUGAUCCAGAAAUUAAAUAAAAAAUGUAUAAAUGUAAAUGAAUAAGUGGAUAGGUAAAAAAGAAAGAUGCAUAUGAUGAAAGAGAUUCAGCAUUCAAUAUGUGGGAUUACUUUAGUGACAAUAAAGUUAACUUGAUCUAUCAGCGUUUCGACAAUUAUCCAUGGUCUAUGAUCCCACUGAAUAAUCAUCGAUUUGCUGCGUCCUGUUUCUUUGAUUGCAAAAAAUUAAUGGCUUUAAAUAGAGAAUUAAGAUUAACAGAAUUUACGAUUGUCUUAAAUAAAAAUUUAUAUCCUUCUACAAUGAGAUAAAAAGAAUCAAAACAACUAGUUCUUGAAUAAGACAACAAGAAAUAUAAUGGGCUGAAAUUUGAUUCCAAUUUUGAAAGUGGAAAUCUGUUUACAUCAUAUAGAGUUGGGCCUAAUGAAUAUGAUUUGAUGAUGUAAAAUGACACUAAUUCGAAAGGAAACACCUAAUGGUUUUACUUUUCAGUUGAAAACACAUUGAAAAAUACUGUAGUUACUUUUAAUAUCAUAAACUUUGUAACUUAUAUAUUUUUAUCAAGCUUUGUAGAUAAAAUGUGAUUCAUUAUUUAAUAUGGGAUAAAGGCCAGUUAUUUUUUCUACCAAAUGCAAUAGAUAAAAAGGGACAGGGUGGAUUAAAGCAGGCCAUAACAUCAUUUACUUUCGAAAUAAAUUUAAGCGAGAAAAUAGCUCUCUUAAAACUUAUUAUACUCUUUCUUUUAGUUAUAAAUUCGAGUAUUCCAACGAUAAAGUUUACUUUGCGUAAUGUUACCCUUAUACGCAUUCAUAAUUAAAUAAUUUUAUAGAAAGAUCGAUUCGACCAAAUAAAGUAAAAAUAACAAUAUCCUUAGUUUGCUGAAGUAAAAGAGUUAUGUAAGACAAUCUCAAAAUUACCUUGCCCCUUAAUUAUUAUUGGAAAUGGUAAAAAAGCUAUUUUAUUGAUGGCGAGAUAGCAUCCAGGAGAAACUCCAGGCUCAUAUACAAUUGAAGGAACGAUUGAAUUUUUAAUCAGCAGUUGCAUGGAAGCAGAAGUUUUAAGAAGUCACUUUACCUUUUAUAUAAUUCCUAUGAUAAAUCCUGACGGAGUGGUUUUUGGAAACUAUCGUUGCAAUCUUUAUGGUGUUGAUCUAAAUAGAAUUUGGAUUUGCCCUCAUAAAGAAUUGCAUGAUUCUGUUUGGCAUGUUAGAGAAUUAAUAAGAUAAAUAAACUAAACAACUGAAUUGAGUUUAAUAAUUGACUUUCAUGGACAUUCAAAAAAGUAAAAUUUUUCUUUACUUUUAGAUUCAAUAGUUUUUAUUAUGCUAAUAGUUUAUGUGAUGAAUAAAAAUUGCUACCUUUAAUAAGUUGUAAUCUUUCUAAAAUGAUGAAUUUACGAGAUUGCUCCUUCAGUGUACAUGAAAGUAAAAAGAAGACAGCAAGAGUAGCAUUAUAAUCAGAAGUCAAAAACGGUUUUACCUACACGUUAGAAAUCUCCUUUCAUGCUUUUCGAUAAUAAGCAUUCCAAGAUUUUACCGAAAGCUCUUAUAAGUAAUUAGGUGAAGAUGUUUCAUUAUCAAUAUUUAAGUUAUUUGAAUCUUAAAUGGUAAAAUCCAGUAAAUUACCAAGAACUUUAACAUUAUAAUAAAAUGAUGAAUUAGAUAAAUUAAUAAAAGAAUGCGAUCUAAGCUAACUUUAGAUAGGCGAAGAUGAUUCAGGUAGUGAUUCAAAUCCAGAAGAGGAUGCCCUAUAAGAAUAAGAACUUCAAUCAUUCUUUAAUUCUCAGAAACAAAAUAAAAUAAUUAUAUAAACAAAAAAAAAGCUUAAUCGAAUUGAAAGGGCAUCAUAAACUGACAUACAGCAUUAUUAAAAUCUUAUGUUAGAUGAGAAAGUAUUAUAAAAAAUUGAAGAAUAAGUUAAAUCUAUAAGAAAACCCAACGCAGAAACACUUGGAUUCUAAAGCAUUCAAGAAAUAGUUACAAACUAUCAAGAUGUUCCAUUAUAGGAAGGUUUUAAAAACUCAUUUUAGUAAACUGACAUUUCUUUACAGUAAAUCUUAGGCAAGAUGCAAGUCUAUCAUGUUAGAGUCUCUAACAAGUAAUUAAAAAAUAUAUUUAGAAAUUCCAUGUUUUAAAAUUAAAUUGCUACUCAAUCUAGCAAACCAGUCGUGAUAGUUCUCAAAAAUCCCUAUUCCAAGCAAUAAUUGUCAUAACAAUAAUAGUUAAUGCCACAACACUAGGAAGCUUCCAUCAAAAAUAGAAGGAGAAUCACAUCAAUAACAGGAAGAUCUUCGAUUGAAUAUAAAAGACUGUCUCAUGAUAGAAAAUACAGCAUCUAACAAUAUAAUUAAGAUAGGAAUCAUGCUAUAAGUUUCACCUAAUAACAAGUCACACCUUAAAAUUUGUUAACAUAAGACGCUACUUUUGAGAAAAUUGCAAAUAUUAGUAAACUGAAAUUUUAUGAUAAAUAAAUGCUUAAAAAUUUGUUUUGA